AUGAAACAGUUCAGUAGAGCCACCUGGGGCUUGUCCCCAAACAUUCUUAAACAAAUUUAUCUCCGAGCUAUUGAGAAAAAAAUCACUUACGGAGCCUCUGUAUGGUAUAAAAAUAACGUGAAAAUUAAUAAGAAGUUGAACUCCAUACAGCGCAUCCCCCUUCUAAAUAUCACCAAAUGCUACUCCACCACCAGCACAGAGGCUCUCCAAAUUCUUGCUGGUAUUCCCCCCAUCGACCUAAAAAUUAGACAGACUUGUACUAUAAAGAAACAUCGGUGGACGCGAGAUAAGCAAAUCAUUUUCGAUAGCGACUUCCAAAUCAAAGAACUAGAUGCCUUACCGAUAGAUACCCCAGUACACCAUAAUCCCUUGGAUCUCAAGAUGAUAGAAAGGGGCUACAGCUCACCGAGGGGUGUGGGUUAUGAAAUCUAUACAGACGGCAGUAGAAGACAAAUAACAAAUUCGGAUACAGGGUUGACCGAGGAUAGAGUGGGCUGUGGUUUCUUGGUGAAGCUUAAUAACAACACCAUUUAUCAACACUGUGCUAGACUUAAUAACGAUGCAAGUGUAUACCCCGCCGAACUCACUGCCAUCAAACUUGCAAUCACAUGGGCAAACGCUGAAAAUAUUAAUGCAUUUAAUUUAUUCUCUGAUUCUAAAUCCUCGCUGCAGUCGCUAGAAAACCCAAAUCCGAAUGACCCACUUGUGGAAGAAAUUAAGAACAUGGUCAAAUAUAAAACAUGCUGUCUCAACUGGGUAAAGGCACAUUCUGGGGACAUUGGCAACGAGGAAGCUGAUGCACUUGCCAAACAAGGCACUCUUCUUGGCGGGGUUGAUCACUAUUAUCCUCUUUCAAAACCACAAAUCAAUUACAGACUGAGGCAGGUGGCAAAGACAUCUAAAAAAGCUGAAAAUG